AUGGCGUACAAAAGCCCGGCCCGUCAGUCGAGUCCCUUUUUUGCCCCCGCGGCCUCGGACCGUACGCACACGCGCAAAGGGCGCGCGGCUGUGUGCGCGUGCGCAUGUGUGCGCGAUCAGCUGAUGCAACAGCUGUGCCGGCGCGGCGAAUUGUUCGAGAGCUUCGAACGAGGCUCGGGGCUUACGGCGUUAGUGUUCUCCAGUCCCUUGCGCCUCAAUAGAAUUAUUAAUCAUCAGGCUUUACCCGUGCCACGUGGUUCUGCACGAUAUAAU